AUGGUCAACGUUCCGAAAACCAGAAAUACUUAUUGUAAGGGUAAAAAUUGUAGAAAGCAUACGUUACAUAAAGUAUCUCAAUACAAGAAGGGUAAAGAUUCUUUGUAUGCUCAAGGUAAAAGACGUUACGAUCGUAAACAAUCCGGUUAUGGUGGUCAAACCAAACCCGUGUUUCAUAAAAAGGCUAAGACUACCAAAAAAAUUGUACUUCGCUUAGAAUGUCAGAGUUGUAAGUAUAAACAUCAAAUCGCACUCAAACGAUGCAAACAUUUCGAACUCGGUGGUGACAAAAAGACCAAGGGUGCUGCUCUUGUUUUUUAA